CACACGGCUUAGGGUUUAUCAGAGAGAGGUGCGCAGCUAUGGCGGGGAAGCUACUCCAUUCCGUGAAUCUCAUCGAUGCGCGCAGUGGCGAAUCGAUCAAGGCCGCCGAUGCGCUGCGCAACAAGGUAACGCUGCUCGCGAUCGCGCCGCACUGGCUGCCGAUGCCGCUGCGGCAGACCAUGGCGUCGCUGGUCGAGGUCGUGGACGAGCUCCAGCAGCAGGGCAAGGAGAUCGCGCUCGUCUACGUCGCCGUGGAUCGCGACGAGGACAUGAUCGCCAACCUCAAGGCACGCGGCAACGACAGGGUUCUCGACGAUCGCCCGUCGCAGGAGUGUUUUGACGAUCUCCGGAAGCAGAUGUCGCAGGGGUGGAUGGCUGUUCCUCUGGAGGAUUCCGCCACGCGCGAGUCGCUACUCAAGGAUUUGCGGUCUGGAGCUGGGAUUUUCCAUCUGGCCGUGAUUGGAGAGGAUGGAGAGGUCUUAACGCAAGAUGGCCUGGACGUGAUCUACAAGUGGGGGGCCGAGGGGUUUCCUUUCAGCGACGAACGAAUUCAAGCCCUGGAGAAGGAGGCCGAGGAGAGGAAAGCCAACCAGAGUCUAAAGUCGCUGCUCGUCUCUCCGGAUCGAGACUUCGUCAUUGCAAACGAUGGAUCGAAGGUGAAAGUAGAGAGCUUGGAAGGGAAGAUCGUGGCGCUAUACUUCUCCGGGCACUGGUGUGGUCCUUGCCGGAGCUUCACUCCCGUGCUGGCCAGGCUUUACAAACAGCUCAAAGACAAAGGUGAGGAGUUUGAGGUGGUGUUCGUCUCAGCGGACAACGACGAAGACGCUUUCGAGGAGUACCACAAGGAGAUGCCAUGGCUUGCGAUUCCCUUCUCGGAUUCCAAGACGAGGAAGCAGCUGGAUCGCAUUUUCGACAUAGGUGGGAUCCCGUCGCUGGUGGUCCUGGGCAAGGAUGGCAAGACUGUCCACACUGAUGCCGUGCAGCUCGUUUCCAAGCAUGGUGUCGACGCUUAUCCCUUCACUCCAGAGAAGCUGGACGAGAUCAAGGCUGAGCAGGAGAAGAGGCGUGCUCAGCAAACUCUGGACUCGCUCCUGGUAUCAAACAGCCGCGACUUUGUUGUCACUCACGAUGGCAAAGAGGUGAAAAUCAGCGAGCUCAAAGGAAAGACUGUCGGACUCUACUUCUCGGCUCACUGGUGCCCGCCUUGCCGCGGAUUCACGCCGGAGCUCGUCCAAGUCUACAACGAGCUCAAGCAAAAGAACGCCGAGUUUGAGAUCAUCUUCGUCUCCAGCGACCGUGACGAGGGGGCCUUCAAGUCCUACUUCGCAUCGAUGCCGUGGCUGGCCCUCCCCUUCUCGGACCGCGAAUCCAAGUCGGAGCUCUCCAGCUACUUCGAGGUGGAAGGCAUUCCAACGCUGGUGAUCCUGGGACCCGAUGGGAAAACUCUCACCGCGGCUGGACGACGCCUGGUGGGGGCUUACAAAGCAGCGGCGUUUCCUUUCACGGGCUCGCACAUCGAAGCUCUCAAAUCCAAGGAGAUGGAGGAAGCCAACGCCGUGGCGGCACAGCUCCCGAAAGAGAUCACUCACUCGAGCCAUCCGGAGCAUCCGCUCGCGCUCGUCGUGAGCGCGUACAAGGGGCCGUAUGGCUGUGAUGUCUGCGAUCAAGAUGGUACUGGCUGGGUCUAUCACUGCGCCGAGUGCUCGUUUGAUAUCCAUCCCAAGUGUGCCAAGCCGGAGAUUGAGAAGAAGAAAGCGGAAGAACAAGAGGGCGGCGGCGCCAAGAAGGAAGGCUGGGUUUGCGAAGGCGAUGUUUGCAAGAAGAAUUAAACUGAGCCGAAUAUUCUAAGGUAUAGCAAGUUUGCUCUAUAGAGACAAAAAAGGUGAUAAAAGCCCUAAACAAGUAUCUACGACUUGUUUGUUGUA